GCUUCUAAUGAGCAGCUUUGGGGGCUUUGGUCCUGAAAUUUUGCUGAAGAGUUGCAUUUUGUGGACAAGAUGCCGCGUUUGCCGCCCAGUUACUCAGAUUUCUUCCACAGUCCUCUGACAGAAGAUGUGGAGGAACUCCUGGCUCGUUUCCAGCAGACUGACUCGGUGAGAUAUGAAGCGUUUUCAGCCAUUUGGAGGCAGAUGUGCUUCACAGACGUCUUCAUCGGUAUCACAGGGAGGGCCGAGAUGAAGAGGUUCUGUAGGGUGACAUUAGCCACAGCCGUGAAGUACUUCCUGCCGCCAUACAGCUACCAAAUUAGAGUAGGAGGCUUGUAUUUGAUGUUUGGUUUUUACCACACACAACCUGCCACACCACCUGUGAAGAUUAGACUUGAUCUGAAGGACUGGGAUCAAGUUCAGAAGUUUCUAAAGGAUUCUGUGGACUCUGGUCAUCAUGAUGUGGUUUACAUCUAUCAGAGGCUUGUUGCUACCAAAGCCAUACACUACACCGCCAUGCCACAUUUUCUCACCUUCCAAAAGCAGAAAAAACCAAAGAGGGAACCUGUGUGUGCAGAGUUUCUGGGGAGGACCACAGCAGUGCUGGAGCUCAUCUCUUCAGACCUCCUGGGGGAGCUGACCAACAUCCAGAGUCAAUACGAGAAGCUGAAGGAGGCCACCGUGGAGGUCAGCGGCCUGGUCACCAUGACCCACCGAGACUUUGCCUCCCGCCUGACAGACUGCAUGUCAGGGUUCAUUGUGUGGCAGCAGAAGACUUUCUCGCAGGAUAAUGGAGGCAAGAACCCUGGGGAUGAUGAGGAGAAGCCAGCUGAGUCCAGCAGCAGCAGGGCCAGGCUCCUGUCUUCCAUCAAGCACAAGAGCUACAGCAACUUCCAAGAGGCGCCCAAGUUCCGGAGGCACCGGCAGGCCGAGGUGGUGGACUCAUCCAGCUCAGGGGCAGAGCAGGUUCAGGAGACUGUGUCUGGUCAGAGAAAGAGAGAAAGGCCUCCGUCGCUGAGGGCCCGGACCUGGAAGAGCCUUGGGGUGACGCAGGAGGAGAGACAGCUCCAGACCUGGCUCCUGAGUGCUCCUGAGCAGCAGGAGAGGGUCCAGAGGACCAAUAAGGUAGCACCGUUCAGACGAUGAUGGGAAGGGAGGGAGAAGGACUUUCAAAAUCUGGAUGUUUUUGUCUGUUUCAAAGCUAAAGAUGGAUCUGUUGUCCGCACUGAAAGGAGCAACCAGCUCCUCCGUUUGGUUUAUCCACACUGACACAAAACAAAGGAAAGAAGUAAAUCCACAUAUUUCAGGAGCUUG